UAAACACCUUCGCUUCUUCUCUUCAACAACUUCUUCUGGAUUCAACUGCUUCUGCAACUACUCAAAACAGUUUUCUUCCGGAAGCUUCCAUUUUCUGCUAAAGAAGAAUCAGUUGAACCUUUGUUGUUUCGAUUCGUUUUUUCCCUAACUGAUUUGCAGUUAUAACUGAAACCCCACAUGGGGAGUUUGUGAGGAAGGGUUUAAGAUGUCUGUGGAAAGGUCGUUAGAGGCGUGGGAAGAGGUGCAACGACACGGUCAGGACUUAGCUGACCGGCUUGCCCAGGGUUUCACCGGUUUGAUUCAGACCCACAUGAGCCCUCCCCAAUUUGCGUGGCCAAACCCUCAAAAUUCGAAGCUUUUCGAUCUCGAGUUCCCUUCUCAGAGUUUCGGGAAGAGGGAUUUUGGGUUGGCCACUGAGGACUACGGAAUCAAUGGGGUUUCGGCGAUUUUCGACAUCGGGAACAGGAUCGGGCAGGCCGGGGCGGAUUUCGGUGCCAGCUUGAACGGUUUGGUUCAACAGUUUUUCCGGUCGUUGCCGGUGUCGGUGCCGUUUAAGCUUGAGGAGGAGACGCUUCGGAUGGAAGGUGGGGAUAAAGGUAGAAAGAGAAGUGGUAUCGGGGUUGUUGUGCAAGAGGAUUUGGGUUUGGGGUCACUUAGUGAAAGGUUGAAGAAUCGUGGGUUUGCUGAAAGUAACAGUGUUAGUGGUGGUGGAACCGUGGAUGAAGAGGUUGGUGGGUUUAACCUUGUUUCUGCUGGUCACCUGGGUAGGCGACAGGGAAUAAUAAAUUUUACGUCAACUUAUGAUAGUAGAACUCAAGAGGUGGAAGGUUCUGUAGUUGCAAGGGGAGAUUUGUGGAGAGUAGAGGCAUCACAUGGUGGUUCUACAUCUGGGAGUGAAAAUUCAUCUCUUUUCCUGGUUCAACUUGGACCUCUCCUCUUUAUCCGUGAUUCAACUCUCCUUUUGCCUGUUCAUCUGUCAAAGCAACACUUGCUAUGGUAUGGCUAUGAUAGAAAGAAUGGAAUGCAUUCUCUUUGUCCAGCAGUGUGGUCAAAACACAGAAGGUGGCUGUUGAUGUCAAUGCUUUGCUUGAAUCCCUUAGCUUGUUCAUUUGUGGAUCUUCAAUUUCCUAAUGGGCAACUAACCUACGUAUCUGGCGAGGGUCUAACUACCAGUGCUUUCCUUCCUGUUUGUGGAGGUCUUCUUCAAGCUCAGGGUCAAUAUCCAGGGGAAAUGAGAUUCAGCUUUUCAUGCAAGAACAAGUGGGGAACAAGAAUCACACCAAUGGUACAAUGGCCUGAGAAAUCAUUUUCUUUGGGUCUUGCUCAAGCCUUGGCCUGGAAGAGAUCUGGUCUCAUUGUGAGGCCAACCAUUCAAUUCAGUGUGUGUCCUACUCUUGGUGGAAGCAAUCCAGGGUUGCGAGCUGAACUCAUUCAUUCAGUUAAAGAGAAACUUAGUCUAAUUUGUGGAUGUGCUUUCAUGACUUAUCCUUCUGCGUUUGCUUCAGUAUCUAUUGGCAGAUCAAAGUGGAAUGGAAACGUUGGGAACUCGGGUCUUGUUCUCAGAGUUGAUACCCCCCUCUCCAAUGUUGGGCGCCCUUCCUUCUCCAUUCAGAUAAAUAGUGGCAUUGAGUUUUGAUAGCUUUCAAGUGUUUGGCACCAUUUGUUCUAUAUUUUGUAUGGGAAGUGUACAUAGGUUUGGUUUACUAGCUGGAAAAAAAAGAAGAAAAAAAAGAGCUCCUUACAACAAAGCGUACAGUCUUUAUGUGAAUAGAAAAUCUUGUCUUGGUAGUAUAUUAGCUUCUCAAUUUCAAUGGCUUGGCCCAAAUCAUUUUGGAGCCUGUGUACUUGAACUUCCAAUUAUUUUGCAGGCCUAACUUAUGAAUUGGGAUUAAAAUUGAGUUGUGA